AUGGAAUACUUGAAACAAUUACCAUUUUCAUCAUUGACUGGUGCUCUUCAAUAUCAAACACGAACAAAACCAAACAAAACUGCUGUAUUGUAUCCUGAUCCAAAGAGCAAUUGGAAAGAAUAUUCAACUCUUACGUACAAACAAUAUGAUAAUGUCACCAAUCAUUUAGCAGGAAUUAUUUCCAAAUAUUUACCAUCUUUAUCAUCAUCGAAUGAGACGAUCACCUGUGGUCUAUUAGCAGCUGAUAAUAUCAAAUAUUUAUUAUCUGAAUAUGCUUUAUUGAAAUUACCCAAUGUGAUUAUGUUUCCAAUUUCGUCUCGAAAUUCUCAGGCAGCAGUUGAACACUUAUUAAAAGAAACAAAAACCAUUCUUCUAUUGACAACAUCUCAAUAUUCAUCAAUGAUGGAAAUGGUUCGACAGAAAGAAGAAUUUCAACAUUUGAAAGUUCUUCUUUUGGACAACGACGAAUUUGAUUUAGAACAGAUCAUGGCAAAGAAAGAUAUCGAAUGUAAAAUGACGUUCAAAAGUGUUUCAAUAGGUGAGAAAAAUGACGAAGAAUUGAAUAAAAAAGUUGUAAUUAUCCACAGUUCUGGAAGUACAGCGUAUCCAAAACCAGUUUAUUUAACAAAUCGUUAUUUCCUAAUCAGUUCAACUGUAUAUCAAUCUAUCAACACCGAUUUUUGGCGAGAAGAUGAUAUUGUAUUAGCAUGGGGUGCAUUAUUUCACGCUUUGGCGUUCAUUGCAACAACACGUGCAAUUAUCAGUGGAUGUACAUUCGCAUUACCACUUUGCGUUGGUUUUCCACCGAAACCCAACGAAUUGCUCCACAAUUUACAAGUGAAAAACGGUAUUACGGUUUUGAUAACCGUGCCCAGUUUACUUGAACAACUUGUACAGGAAAUACUUUCGGGAAAAAAUCAUUCGGUUAAUUUUAAACCAUUGGCGAAUUUGAGGGCUGUCGCUUACGGUGGCGCAAGCUGUCCAGAUGAAUUAUGUCAAAUAUUAGUCGACAAUGGAGUCGUUCUUUUAAAUGUUUAUGGUUCUACAGAAACUGGUCUUCUUCUCAGCAAAAAUUUCAAUCCUUAUGAUAAAAGAUGGAAAUAUGUUGAAAUUGCUGAUUCUCGAAAACCUUAUGUUCGAAUCGAAACAGCGCCGAAUACAGAAAAUCCCAAUGAAAAGAUCUUAAUUCAUCAACCAGAUGAUCCAUACUUAGCUGAAAAUGUUUGUAAUUAUGCCGAUGGUUGUUACACUGCUGGUGACAUAUUUCUCGAAGAUCCACCCAAUUCGGGACAAUAUCUCAUCUUAGGACGUCAAGAUGAUACUUUAGUUCAUGUUAAUGGCGAAAAGACAAACGCACUUGCAAUGGAAGACUCCAUUCGAUCUUCACCGCUGAUAAAACAAGUUGCUAUUGUUGGUCACAAUCAAUUUUGUGCAGCCGCAUUGAUUCAAUUGGAUAUUGAAGAAGCGUUCAAUUAUGAAUUCGACGAAAUUGAAGAAAAAGUGUGGAAAGUCGUUGAACAAGCGAAUAGCAAAGCACCUUCUCAUUCACAUAUUCUUCGACAACUUGUUAAAAUCAUUCCAAUGAAUAAAUCUUUACCUGCAACACAUAAAGGCAAUAUAAUGAGACAAAAAGUGAAUCAAGAAUAUUCAACGUUGAUUAAGAAGAUCUACGAGAAGUUUUUCAAUCAACAAAGUGAAACGACUCGACAUCAAUCCGUUUGGACAAAAGAAACAAUCAAAAAAUAUUUAGAAGAUAAAUUAAGUUCAUUCGUCCAUGAAGACGAUCGAACCAAAAUCAAGAAUUCAUCACGAUCAAUCUUUGAUUUCGGUAUCAAUUCUUUGCAAGUUAUUCAAUUGAGAAAUUCGAUUUGUCAAGAUAUUCAUGAAAUAUCGAAGAAUUUUAUUUAUGAAUAUUCUUCAAUUGAUCAAAUGAUUGAAGAAUUAAUGAAACAUUUCAAAUCAGAGAAUGUCAACGAUCAGUGUGAUGAUCCUUAUCAUUAUCAAUUAACUGAGCAGAUCAUCGAUAAAUAUAUUCAUUUAAUGAAAACAACAGAAGUUCCUCAUCCUUUAAAAGAAAAUCAAGGAAAAGAACGUGUUUUUCUUAUUACAGGUGCCAAUGGUUCUUUGGGAAAUUUUGUAAUUCGAGAUCUACUGAGACAAUCAGAAUCGAUUGUUAAACGUGUGUUUUGUCUCUUACGUGGUUCAAAUACACAACAACGUCUUUUCGAAUCAUUCGAACAACGACAAUUAGAUGUUUCAAUUCUCAAAGAUUCGUUAGAACAACGAUUAAUCAUUUUACCUUCAUCGAUGAAUUUAAGUGACGAACACUUAGGUCAAACCGAGGAUAUUUAUCAACAAUUACAAAAUGAAGUCACAGAUAUUAUUCAUGUUGCAUGGAAAAUGAAUUUCAAUCAAACAAUUAAAGAUUUCGAACAAGAUUCAAUUUUUGGAGUUUAUAAUCUUUUACGAUUAGCAUCUUCCAAUCAAAUGCAAUUCCAUUUUAUUUCAAGUAUUGCAUCGGCUGGCUCAGGUCUUUUGUCAACUAUUAAAGAAGAACCAUUACCAAGAAUGGCACAAGUUGCAUUACCACAAGGAUACGGACAAAGUAAAUAUGCAGCUGAACAUUUAUGUUGGGCAGCAAUGAAUCUAUGGCAUAUACCAGUGAAUAUUUAUCGUGUUGGUCAAAUAAGUGGCGAUACACAAAAUGGUGUUUGGAACACAGGUGAAAUGACUUCGAUGAUGAUUUAUGCAGGUGCUGGACUAUUGAAGAAAAUGCCAAAUGUUGGAGAAGAUGUUAAUUGGAUACCUGUUGAUAUUUGUAGUGCUUCAUUAGUUGAUCUAGCGUUAAAAUCUUCUUUUCAAACAACAAUAUCUGACAAUGAACGUGUUUAUCAUCUACUCAAUCCUUUUCUGAUUACAUAUGAUGAGUAUUUAACUUCACUUCGGGCGGCAGGUUUAACGUUCGACACAGUUCCUCCGAAAUCGUUCAUUAAUGCAAUUUCAGCAUUGGCAAAUACAACGAAUCCAUUGGUCAAAUUAUUGCCUUUUUUUGAACAAUCGUUCAGUGAGAAGGGUAUUUUGAAAUUGUCCAAAUAUGAAACGACUAAAACAACUGGAAAAUGUGAAAUUUUGAGAAAUUGUUCACCGAUUGAUUCAAAUUUGAUUGAAUUAUAUUUGAAUUACUGGAAGAAAUGUCAAGUGCUACAAUAUUAA